CCAUCUCCGCCUCCCCUCCUGCCCAGGUGACUGCCUAAUCCCCAGCCUUCAGGAGAAAGCGUUGGCUCAGGUUCCUUGGCCAGAGGGCGGGCUGGGGGUCAAGUAGGGGCCGCCAAGGGGAGGCCUGAACUCGUGGUCCUUCGUCCGAACUGAGGCACCCGGGACCCGUGCCUUCUCCGGUCACACACGUGAGCGGGACCCCUCGGCAGUUCUUUCUCUGGAGAGCAGACUGCCUCCAGCCCGAGCCACCCUGUUGGGCACGUCUGACCCAGCUGUGGUUUUUCCAGGCCUGAAGGCCCCGGAGUGCGCCAGCGGCAUGUACAAAGACACCGUCUACUCCGCCUUCAAUCUGCUCAUGCACUACCCUCCCCCCUCGGGAGCAGGGCAGCACCCCCAGCCGCAGCCCCCGCUGCACAACAAAGCCAGUCAGCCAGCCCACAGCGUCCCACAACUCUCUCCUCUCUAUGAACAUUUCAGCAGCCCACACCCUACACCUGCACCAGGCGACAUCAGCCAGAAACAAGGAGUUCACAGGCCUCUGCAGACCUCCGACCUCUCUGGCUUCUACUCUUUGACCUCAGGCAGCAUGGGACAACUCCCCCACACUGUGAGCUGGCCCAGCCCUCCUCUCUACCCCUUGUCCCCUUCCUGCGGAUAUAGACAGCACUUCCCCGCCCCCACUGCAGCCCCUGGCGCCCCCUACCCCAGGUUCACCCACCCAUCCCUGAUGCUGGGCUCUGGUGUACCUGGUCACCCUGCAGCCAUCCCCCACCCGGCCAUCGUACCUCCCUCAGGGAAGCAGGAACUGCAGCCGUAUGACCGCAGCCUGAAGACACAGGCAGAAUCCAAGGUGGAGAAGGAGGCCAAGAAGCCAACCAUCAAGAAGCCCCUCAACGCCUUCAUGCUGUACAUGAAGGAGAUGAGAGCCAAGGUCAUUGCAGAGUGCACACUCAAGGAGAGUGCUGCCAUCAACCAGAUCUUGGGUCGAAGGUGGCAUGCACUGUCUCGGGAAGAGCAAGCCAAGUAUUAUGAGCUGGCCCGAAAGGAGAGGCAGCUGCACAUGCAGCUGUACCCAGGCUGGUCAGCGCGGGACAAUUAUGGGAAGAAGAAAAGGCGGUCUCGGGAAAAGCACCAGGAAUCCAACACAGACCCUGGCUCGCCUAAGAAAUGCCGUGCUCGCUUUGGCCUCAACCAGCAGACGGAUUGGUGUGGUCCGUGCAGGAGGAAAAAGAAAUGCAUUCGGUACUUACCCGGAGAAGGCCGCUGCCCCAGCCCCGUUCCUUCCGAUGACAGUGCUGUAGGCUGCCCCGGGUCCCCAGCCCCCCAGGACUCGCCCUCAUACCUCCUGCUGCCCCACCUCCCCACAGAACUGCUUGCUAGUCCUGCGGAGCCAGCGCCUACAUCACCAGGGCUCUCGGCCGCUCUCAGCCUCCCAGCCCCCUGGACCCCCCCAGGCCCUCCCCAGCACCUUGCAGAGUACACAGGUGCAACGGUUGGAAUCUCAGAGACAGGCAGCCUAGCAUGCACAGGACACCUGGCUGCCUCCAGGGGCCCAUCCUCUGAGAGGAAGCGACAGAGCCCCAAAGCACAUGGAAACUGGCCAGGGGCCCUGUUACCUCCCUCUCCAGGACCAGGCCCAGGAGACUUCCGAGGCUGCACAACUUCUGCCUGAACCUGGGGCCAUCAAUCCAACUGCUCCGAGUGGCAGGAGUCAGAUCUGUGUUGUGUCAUCUGAUUAAGGGCAUCCCUUGUGCCUACAGCAGCCUGCAUCUAUCCCUUUUACCACUGUCUUGCUGGCCAGAUGCCCCCUGCUGCCUCAUCUGCUUUUUUGCUAUAGAUGUCCUAGAUGCGAGGGACUGAGCCCAGCUGCUUUCCCUACCCUCCACCUCCCCAGCCCCACCACUGCCACACCCUCCCCAUACCAGACACUUCAUGGACUAAUGAGCUGGUUUAUGAAACAACACCUGAGCAUGGUCACAACCACGUGCUCAAGAGGACAAUACUUACGUCAAAAGGGCCUGGAGAAGCCCUUUUGACAGAAAAGGAGGAAUCAUUCCUAAGGUGGACCAGAAGGAAGCCUCCUGCCAUGUUCUCAAGAGCUUGCAAGACGAGGAGGGAAUGGAACAGUUAAAUCUAGGCCUAUCACCACAGGCAGCAGGAAUAACCUGACACUACCUUAUCAGGCAAGUAUGGGCAGUGAGACGUACCUGGCUCUAGUUCAAAUUACUUGGAAAUGUUUCCAAGAGAAACUCAGCCUCGCCAUAAGCUCUGAUUACUAAGGUCCCAAGCUUUGGGUUGGGUGAACUCAACAGCUGAAAGAAAUUACGGCCCAAAACCUAGCGUGCAUCCCUCCCUACUCCUAGAAGCCCUCAGUCACAGCUCCAUUUCCUACUUAUCCGUGUCAGUCUAGGCAGCUCUUGGGCAGUUGAGAGAGAGGGCAAACCUCGUGACAGUCCGUGCCUACCUUCCAGCACAAAACAGGUCAGCUUCAGUUUCCUAAUAGUCCUGCAGGAAGGACCAUCACCAUCAAAGCAAGAAGUCCAGAGAACCUCUAGUGGUAGUCAGUGGGUUUUCACCACAGCCUACUUUAACCCAUUUCUGAGCCAAGCUUCAACCCUGAGCCUUAAAAAAAAACUUUUAAUUUAACUUUUUUUUUUUUUUUUUUGCAUCUUCCCUCACUGUACAUAGCCUGAUUCCAAAGAAAACGGGCUGUUCCUAUACCCGUACAUCCCUCAACAAAAGCCUUUAGUUCCUAGUUUAGCCACUGGCUUCUCAGAAUCCAAAGAACAUAUAUUCUAGUAUAGUGUUGCAAGAAGUCUUGAGAGAAAGAAAAGGACUAUUGUAGUGUUAAAAAUAUUUUUGUAUUGUUAAUGCAUCAUCCAACAAAAACUUUUUUAACAUGAGAAUAAAGAUACUUUUUACUGGGUUUCUCUUUCAAAACUUGA